CUGUGUAGUAGAGCCAUGGGCUUUAAAUGGAGAUGAAUGAGGCCAGUCUCUUCAGUUAUCGCAGUGGAUUUGUCACUUUCACUCACUUUCUCUUGGAUUCUGCUCUCUCAGGCUGUCUCUUUUUUAUCAUUGCCAUUAAAAUCUCACCUGCAGUACUUGGCUACUGUUGGAUUUUGUUUUAAGGAGCAUACUUCACAUUUGAAGGAGGCUGGCGACUACCACUCAGUGUUUGUAUGCAUCUGUUGUUUCACCUGAUCCCUGUCACGCCUGAUCUGCUGGACCCUCCGGCUGGCUUCAGAGCCUUGAUAUCUAGAAGGACAAAAGGCAAGACGUCACCAUGUUGCGAGAAGCCAUCGCAAGCGUUUCAAAAUUCCAUGGUUACAUAAUCUCAAACGUUGAUGCCAGAGUGAAGGACUACCCCCUGAUGCAGAGCCCCUUGCAAAUGACCGGCAUCCUGGUGGCCUAUGUCAUGUUCUCUGUGUACAUCGGUCCUCGCAUGAUGGCAAACCGCAAGCCUUAUGGCCUCCACCGAGCCAUGAUCGUCUACAACCUCUGCAUGGUUUUACUCAACGCCUACAUAGUGUAUGAGUUCAUGAUGUCUGGAUGGGCCACCACCUUCACAUGGAGAUGUGACCUUAUUGAUCCCUCUUCUAGCCCACAGGCCCUCAGGAUGGUACGUGUGGCCUGGUUGUUUUAUUUUUCAAAGUACAUUGAACUCCUCGACACAGUUUUUUUUGUGCUGAGAAAGAAGCAAAGUCAGAUCACAUUUCUCCACGUCUUCCAUCACUCCUUCAUGCCCUGGUCGUGGUGGUGGGGUGUCACCCUGACGCCUGCUGGAGGAAUGGGAUCCUUCCACGCUUUGGUGAACGCGGCUGUCCACGUUACCAUGUACACCUACUACGGACUCUCCGCUGCAGGUCCUCGCUUCCAGAAGUAUCUCUGGUGGAAGAAACACAUGACUGCCAUCCAGCUGAUCCAGUUUAUCCUGAUCUCUGUUCACAUCAGCCAGUACUACUUCAUGGAUAAGUGUGACUACCAGUACCCCAUGUGGAUCCACCUGAUCUGGAUGUACGGCAUCUUCUUCUUCUUCCUAUUCUCUAACUUUUGGGUGCAGGCCUACAUAAAAGGCAACCGGCUUCCUGUUGGAGACCACAAGCCAAAACAGAAUGGUUUGAUCAGUGAACACGUCACUAACAUGGCCAACGGUAAACCUCAUGAAAACGGGUACGCCCACCACUACGCCAAUGACAAAAUCAUCCUGGGCAAAGUGAAGAAAAUCUGAGCUUGUGACUCUGAAAAUAAAAAGGCACAGGUGUUUAGUUUUUUUUUUUUACCAACUUGAAUAUGCCACUUAUUUAUAACUAGGAGCAGAUUUGAGUGAAAUAGUUCAAAAUGCUACCUCUGAUUUUGAUUUGUGUGUAUACACCUGUUCCUUUAUGAAAUACUCACAUUAAUGGGAUAUGAUGGGCUUGCUGUUUUGCCACUGAUCUCUACUUGCAACACUUUAAGAUGUUGCAAAAACUGUGAUGAACACUGAGUGAUAAUUGGUGCUCAUUUUGAUAGUAUUCCUUAACUCAGGCUCGGCCUGCAGCACUGUUAGGCUAACACAGCCUUUUGUUGCUUGGGAUUAUGGCAAUGUAUCCACUGAAUACAAGUGUGUAAAUAAUAAUUACCAUGAAGUUUAUGCAAAGAAAAACCAGAAGUUGUCAUUGUAAAUGUCAAAAACUUAGUUUCUUCCCUGAUUUUUUUUAUUUAUCUUUUGAAAUAAAACCAACUCUAGAGUUUUGUGUUAGCAGUUGUGUUUGCACUUUGUGAGCAACUUGCUACAUCUUUUUUAAUUUUAUACAGACUCAAGUAAACAUUCUACUGUAUAUUACAGUAUUAAUGCAUUUUCUUUUGUUUGAAUCAGUAACUUAAAGAUGUCCAUCUAGAAAAAAUCCACUCUGAUUCUGAAGGCGCUGUACGGUUUGAUCUGUUCAUGCUGCAUGACGUCAAUAAAGUUUGUAAAAGGUC